CCUAGCGGCACUCGGCCCGCGGGCCCCGAGGUGCGCCCCGGAGAGCGGCCAGGCGGCGGGCGCGGUGCGGGCUGCUUUGCAGUAUGUGCCGCUCCGCUCUGGCUUUUUUUGCCGCCGCAUUUGUCCGCCUGCAAAACUGCCGGCCGGGUCCAGCCCCGUUCCUUCGGGCGGCCUGGGUGCUUUUAGUUGUUCUUGGACUGGGCCAAAGUGAAGACAAUAGAUGUACAUCUUCAAAUGCAGCAUCCUGCACCAAAUGCCUUGCGCUGGGUCCGGAAUGUGGAUGGUGUGCUCAAGAGGAUUUCAUUUCAGGUGGAUUAAGGAGUGAACGUUGUGAUAUUAUUUCCAACUUAAUAAGCAAAGGCUGUUCGACUGAUUCAAUAGAAUACCCAUCUGUACAUGUAAUACCAAGUGAAAAUGAAAUUAAUACCCAGGUGACACCAGGAGAAGUGUUGAUCCAGCUGCGUCCAGAAGCUGAAGCUAAUUUUAUGCUGAAAAUUCAUCCUCUGAAGAAAUAUCCUGUGGAUCUUUAUUACCUGGUUGAUGUCUCAGCAUCAAUGCACAAUAAUAUUGAAAAAUUAAAUUCCGUUGGAAAUGAUUUAUCUAGAAAAAUGGCAUAUUUUUCCCGUGACUUCCGUCUUGGAUUUGGCUCCUAUGUUGAUAAAACAGUUUCACCAUACAUUAGCAUCCACCCAGAAAGGAUUCAUAAUCAAUGCAGUGACUACAAUUUAGAUUGUAUGCCUCCUCAUGGAUACAUCCAUGUGCUAUCUUUGACGGAGAACAUUACUGAGUUUGAAAAAGCAGUUCACAGACAAAAGAUCUCUGGAAACAUAGAUACACCUGAAGGAGGUUUUGAUGCCAUGCUUCAGGCAGCUGUCUGUGAGAGUCAUAUUGGAUGGCGAAAAGAAGCUAAAAGAUUGCUGCUGGUGAUGACAGAUCAGACAUCUCAUCUUGCUCUUGAUAGCAAAUUGGCAGGAAUAGUGGUGCCAAAUGAUGGAAACUGCCAUCUCAAAAACAACAUCUACGUCAGAUCAACAAGCAUGGAACAUCCCUCACUAGGCCAACUUUCUGAAAAGUUAAUAGACAACAACAUUAAUGUCAUCUUUGCAGUUCAAGGAAAACAGUUUCACUGGUAUAAGGAUCUUCUACCCCUCUUGCCUGGCACCAUCGCUGGUGAAAUAGAAUCAAAGGCUGCAAACUUAAAUAAUUUGGUAAUAGAUGCCUAUCAGAAACUCAUUUCAGAAGUGAAAGUUCAGGUGGAAAACCAGGUAAAAGGAGUUUAUUUUAAUAUUACUGCCAUCUGUCCAGAUGGGACCCGAAAACCAGGCACAGACGGAUGUGGAAAUGUGACAAGCAAUGACGAAGUUCUUUUCAAUGUAACAGUUACAAUGAAAAAAUGUGAUGUCACAGGAGGAAAGAGCUAUGCAAUAAUCAAACCUAUUGGUUUCAAUGAAACCACUAAAAUUCACAUACACAGAAACUGCAGCUGUCAGUGUGAUGAUGGGAGAGGAUCUAAACGAAAGUGUGUAGAUGAAAUUUUUCUAGAUGCCAAGUGUUUCCAGUGUAAUGAGAAUAAAUGUCAUUUUGAUGAGGCUCAAUUUCCUUCUGAGACUUGCAAAUCACACAAGGAUCAACCUGUUUGCAGUGGACGAGGAGUUUGUGUUUGUGGAAAAUGUUUAUGUCACAAAGUAAAGUUUGGAAAAGUGUAUGGAAAAUACUGUGAGAAGGAUGAUUUCUCUUGUCCAUAUCACCAUGGAAAUCUGUGUGCUGGGCAUGGAGAGUGUGAAGCGGGCAGAUGCCAGUGCUUCAGUGGCUGGGAAGGGGAUCGGUGCCAGUGCCCGUCAGCAUCAGCCCAGCACUGUGUCAAUCCAAAGGGCCAAGUGUGUAGUGGAAGAGGUACAUGUGUAUGUGGCAGGUGUGAGUGCACCGAUCCUGGGAGCAUUGGCCGCUUCUGUGAACACUGCCCCACGUGUCACACAGCCUGCAGUGAAAACUGGAAUUGUGUGCAAUGCCUUCGCCCUCACAACCUGUCUCAAGCUAUACUUGAUCGUUGUAAAACCUCAUGUGCUCUUAUGGAACAGCAUUAUAUGGAGCAAACAUCAGAAUGUUUCUCUAGCCCAAGCUAUUUAAGAAUAUUUUUCAUCAUCUUCAUAGUUACAUUCUUGAUUGGGUUGCUUAAAGUCCUUAUCAUUAGGCAGGUGAUACUACAAUGGAAUAGUAAUAAAAUUAAGUCCUCGGCGGAUUACAGGGUGUCAGCCUCAAAAAAGGACAAGUUGAUUCUGCAAAGCGUUUGCACAAGAGCAGUAACCUACCGACGUGAGAAACCUGAAGAAAUAAAAAUGGAUAUCAGCAAGUUAAAUGCUCAUGAAACUUUCAGGUGCAACUUCUAAAAAGAUAAAAAGUAUUUUAUGGAAAACUGGAUUUUUAAUAAUUGCUCCUAAAAAUUUUAAUUUUAUAAGUCACAGGAGGAGACAAACUGUUCUAGAUCAUGCUGGUUGCUGGUUGUCCACUUGAAUGAAGACUGACAAGCAUCCUUAUCAUCAUGUGACUCACUUUGCUGCUGAAUUUUUCAGAGAAAAAUGUGUCUUACUACUGUUUGAGACUAGUGUCAUUGUAGCACUUUACUGUAAUAUAUAACUUAUUUAGAUCAGCAUAGAAUGUAGAUCAUCUGAAGAGCACUGAUUACACUUUACAGGUACCUGCCUUCCUACGCUUCCCAGAGACAAUGCUGUGUCACUACAAGGGUACAGUAAUCCCCACACCACACAUGUGAAUGAAAAAAUAAAAGGCAGUUAUACUGCUGUUGCCAAACACUUCAACAACUGGCAGUGAAUAGAUAAAAACAUCUAGAUGAAUAAAUGGUUAGUGUUUCACUUAUUCAAGAGGUUAGUAGAUAAAACCUUAAUUUUAAGGGAUAUUGCUUCUGAAACUGUGUAGUGUUAUGCAUGUGUUUAUGUUUUCUGCUUCUUACAGAUACUAAUUCCAACAUUCUCUCUUUGCCUUUAUAUUUUUUUCUUUCUUACAGGAUAAGUUUAUAUAUGUCACAGAUGACUGGAUUAAAUAAGUGCUAAGUUACUACUGCCAUAAAACCCUAGUAAUACAAUGUCACUUUAUUAGAAUACUGAUUUUAAAAGCUGAAUGUUUAAUAAGGGACACUGUAAAGUAACAUCAAAACCUGAACAGCUUCAUUGUGUGCAGAUGUGGAGUCUUACUGAUCUUACCUGAAAAACUGGAUGCUUCACCAUUUCAUUUGUCUAAUCAUCAGGUUGAAGAUCACAAGGUGUUUCGAAACUCUGCCUCAAGCAAAGUGCCACAUUUUUUAGUGAGUUCUCUCAGAUAUAUACUCCAAGUAGAUACUAGCAUUUUUCAAAUUAAAAGCUAUAUUAAGCGAUACUAUUUUCACUCUUCAGUGCAGCCUAAGGAAUGCUUUCCCUGAAUCACCUCAACCAUACUCACCAAAAUUUUAAACAUAUACAAUUGGAGGAGGAUAGACAAUAUCUUAGAAAUAAGCUAAUUCAGCCUUUUAGUUAGUCAGGGAACCGAGGCUCAGAAAAUUUAAAUGGUAUCUUAAAAAACACCCAAAUGAUUAAGUGGCAGCAUUUGAAGAGAACUUCUAUCUUUUUAUUGCCAGGCUAGUGUUCAUUGUACAACAUUGUACAAUAUCAUGCUACCUCUUGAAUCUUUAAAAUCUUUGAUUGGAAGUAUUUUUAAAUGUGAUUCAUUGAAGUCUUGAGUAUUUGGGCAUGAGAAAAUUUCAAAAUAAAGCAAAAAAGAGUAACUCAAACUGAAUUCCAUGACUGGCUUCCAGUCUUACCUGAUAGCUUCUAAGAGAAUGCAGCAUGGCCUAACUACAGGGAAAUCUAUUCACACCACAAGCCUGUGAGUUGUGCAGUGCUCAGCCUGAGAGCUUGAAUCAGAGGCCAUGAGUGUUUAUCUUCCACAAUGGAAACUUAUUCACAAUUACCAUAUCCCUACAGACAUAUUCAGUCUGAUUUUAUUGGCUAGAAGUCCAAUAGUCCUUUGUGUAGUACAGAGCUUUGCCUAUGAAAACAAAGGAAUUUGUUUAAAAUGUUUUAUAAUUAACUUCCCAAAUCUGCUGUCUUCAGCACUUGAAGAAAUGCCAGAUACUUGCAUUUUAACCCCACCCCAUAUUUUACCCCAAAGAGGAUUUAAAAGCAUAUAAUAAGUUGUUCUGGAGCAAACAAGCACAGCAGCUCCAAUAACUGUCCCCUAUAGCCAAGCAAUUAUGAUGCUAAGUUGAACUAAUGAGAUUGGGGACAUUGACAUAAUUCAGUACUGUGACUCACUUGUGUAAGAUACCUUUGAACACCAGGGAUAAUGUAAAAAUCAUAUUUUGUGGGGUGCCUGUCACACACAGUACCCAUUUUAAAAAGAAAAUUAUGGAUACCUAAUAGCUCUCCAAAAGGAAAAAGUGGAAAUCAUCCAUUCAUUAAAAUAUUUAAAAAAUGAACAUUAUAAUAUUCGUAAACUAAUCUCCAUGUGGAAUGAAUUAUCCAAAGGAGCAUAAUAAAAUGAAACCUUAAAAAUCAAGGGUUUAUAUUUUUAUACUUUCACUAGUUUGCACUAAUAUAAUGGACCAAGGCUGUUAUAGGAAAAGACAAACUUCCUGAUAAGCAGUUCAAUGCUUGAUGAUGAUUGUAGUUAUGCUUGUGAUAUCUUGUGCUUUCUUUUUUUACUUAAAGACCUAAUUCUUAGAGUCUAGAGCUUAUAUUUUACUUGAAUAAUGGAUAUUUUCCUGCAAAAUGGCUUAUAAGAAGAGAAUUAAUAUUUGACUAGUAAGAAUUAACAGGUAAGGGAAAACAGGGUAUUCUUAUUCUUAGAUUAAAUAAUUUAUGUAAAUAGAGCCUAUUUUCAACUAAUAUGACCAUAGGAGCCUCCUGAGAUUCAUGAUAUUAAAUAAGUAAUGAAAUUUUAAAUAGUUAACAAAGAACUUGAACAACACUUUUGGUACGAUAGCAUUUUUGUGCCGUAAAGUAUGUAAAGAUUUAGAAAUGUGCCAUAUAUACACUACGAUAUAAAUAUAUGCAUUUUAUUUCUCUGGGGACAUCUUUACACCACAGGAUUUAUAAACAUUUCAUAUCUUUUUUUAAAAACAUUAAUAUGUAUGAAGUCAUAGACAUUCUCUGCAAGCCUCAAAAAUUUACUAAAAAUCUGAUUAUGUACUGAGUGUUCGAUAUAGCUUUGGUUUAUAAGGAUAAAAAAAAAAAUCUAAGGUUAACAGAAUAGAUUUCUUUGGAGGCAAAUUUUUCAAUCCGAAAUUAUAAUUAAUGGAUGCAUCAAGUACACUUUAUAAUAGGUAACAUAAAUUUUUUAAAUAUAUAUUUAAUCCCAUUAAAGAUAUUCUUAUGUAUGACAACAGGCAUCCAUGAGACACUGAAAUAUGAUUAUGAUGAACUAUGAAAAUAUUUCUCCGUAGAAUUAUAUUCCUCUGGUACAUGGUAUAGUAAAUUGUACUUAAUGACUUGUCCUUCUUUUCCUUACUCCUAGUUUUCAUACUCACUUUUCCUAAGAGAUUGCCCUAAAACUCUAAGCCCAAUAAGGCUAAUUGUGAAAAAUAACUCAAUAUAAUGGUUUAAUGAAGUUCUUCAUUUCCAAACAUCUCUUAAUGAUUUCAAAAUUCAGCAUGCAACCGAACCAAGACAUACCCAUUAAAAACUAAGAAUUUAUAAUUUUCACAAUCAUUUGAGCUUCUUUCAGAUCUAAAGGAUUUAAGAUCUGUAUCUUUAAUAACAGUAUUGAGUGAAAUAUAGUUACUUGGGAAUUCAAUUAUAUGCAUAUUGUAAUCUGUUUUAUAUAUUCAAUAUUUAAUUUACAACUAUUCUUAUUUAUAUUGACCUUAAGAAUUCCAUUUAAUGCAAUGCAAACUGAGAUAUAUUUUCAGAAAAAAUAGAACAAGCAUUCUUUUAGAUAAUUUCCUUUUUCUUUUAUAGUUACUCUGUGGCAAAUUUAUUAUAGGUAACUGAUUAUACAUACUCAUAUUUCAUGGAUUCUAAGACAUCUACUUUUCAAUUUCACAUCUCUAAAAUUAUGGUGUAUCUUGCAAUCAUUGGCAUCUUAGAUGCAGUGUUUGAAGUUGUACUUGAAUAAAUAUUACACUAAUUCAUCUUUAAAUGUUCAUGAGAAUAGGGACAUUCCUUUUCUUAUAAAUAUUUGAGAACCUAUUUAUGAUCAUGUGUGAAGUCAAUUUUCAGUACAACUGAAUUACACACAACUCAUCAAGGAGCCUGUCUGAUUAUGAGCUCAGAUCUCGCAGACCUUUAGGUUAUAAAAGCUCUUUCAUCUUCCUCUGUAUACUUUACGCUAGUGGCUAUGAUUUCAGCAAACCUAACUUAACUGACAAGAAUGAGUGGGUUUCUCCCAAUUUUGCAAACAAAUUUUUAAUCUUUUUAUUCCUUUUUAAAACAUACUUUCGUAUGAUCAUCUCACUUUUAAACAGAAUUAACUGGAAAAAUAUAUGAAACCAUCAUAAUUAGAUUUUGUAGCAUCUUGUAUGUCUUAUGUCAAUGACAGAAGAAAAAUAUAAUACAACCAAUUAGUACUGUAGGAAAAAACUUUCCCUUCAAGUCCUCUCUGUUUUUUGUUCGUCUUUCUCAUUUCUGCCCUUUUGUUUGAUUUUUAUUUUGGCUUUAAUAAAUUUACUUUCAAUGCCAUGUAAUGAUUGUCAUAAAACUGCAUAUUUAACUUAUUUGAGUUAUAUGAAACAAUUGUUCAGCUAUCUGGGCAGCUGUUAAUGAAAUACCUGAGAGUAAUAACACUACUUUUUUUUUUAUCUACCUGGCAUACUUUCCUGCAUAAAAUCUAUCAUUGUAAGCUAACUCUAUUAAUCAGAUUUCCAACCUCUGUGACCUAUUUGUUAAAAGUAUUUAAUCCAAUAAUAUUAAAAAAAAAACUGCAGUUAUCAAGGAUGGAAAAAUGUGUGAUUUUUGUAAAGAACAUUUACUGACUUUACACCUUACCACAGAUAAAUGUGAUUUUGAUAAGAACUCCCCACAAUGAUAAAAUUUAUAGUACAUAAAUUUUAUUAAGAAUAUUGAAUAUGAAAUAUUUUAAUUCUAAAUUAUAAGAAAAUAUAAAUUUGCACAUAAUAUAGAAAUUCAUUCUGUGUGUAUUUAACAUAACUUUAAAACUAUUUUACAUUUACCAGCUACUUCAUUAAAGGUUUUUAUUAAGCAUUUGAAAAAAUAAUUUAGAAAUAUUUUUAAAUUAUCAGGAAUAUAACGUUCUUUGUUUCAUUUAACAAGUUGAGCCUUUGUAAAAAAUUAAUAUAGAAUGUAUUUUUAAAUUAAAAUAUUUGAAUAUAAAAUAACUUUUAUGAAAGAAACGAAUUCUCAAUAAACAAGUUUCUUAUUAUUUCUGGCUUUGAACUAUACAUAGCUAAACUGCCUUAAGUGACACAGAAAAUUGGGGGGUAAUUUCAGAAAAUAUACUAUGAACCUGUUCAUGUAAUUCUGAUUGACUACUAACUUCUGUUUUAUGUAUUUAUUAAAGAGCUGACACUGUAGUUUGUUGUGAGAUGUUUAUUUUUCUAACAGAGCUUAUAACAGUUAUGACAAGGCAUUUAAUUAAUGCAUCAUUCUGUUUAAAAGUAGGUAUUAAUUAAUAUGAAAUUUUAUGUUUUAAAAUAAAAACGUAAAGAUCUAAGAAUGCA